CGCAUCACGGCUCGGCUGGCCGCCUAUCAAUCUCGUCCAGCCAGGGGGGGCUCCCUUGCGCAAAUCUCGAGUCGCAUCGGCUGCCCUCGCCCGCCCAACCAGCCGUCGUGGCCUCGCAACGUUUGGGGGCAUGUACUGGUACUAUUUUACGAUGGCAGACAGGCUAUGGGCGCAGACCGGAAGCCGGCAAUCGAAAAUGUAUUUUUUUGCUGCGAAUGGGUGUGAAACAAUGGCAGUGCUGAUGUGAGGCCUGGGAAUAUAAAAGGGAAUGAAUGGGUGGUAGAUGUAACAACACCUUUGUGUUCCAAUCCCUCUUUGUUGUUGUUGCUGCUGCUGCUGCAAGGUCCCUUUCUUUUCAUUUCUUGUGUACGAGUGUGUGUUUCUGUGGGAGCCGGCUACCAACAGAUUUGAACAAACGAACAGACAAACAAACAGUUCAUAUUUUCAUUUCAUUUUCGUCGAGAAUAUACCGGGUCAUAGAUCGGACCAUUUGGGAGUAUAUCAAGGGCGCAAACAGCCCUGUUCAUCGACCACGAAGCGAGAACGAGACCAUCGAUUGCUGUCGCACUUCGCUACAAUCCCGCCUCAAAGUAACCUUGCCUGCCACUAUUUGCUACCGAGGGUGGGAAGAGACGAAAGGGCUCGGACUCGAAAGUCAGGUACGUGCAUGGAUCUUGUCGGGAUGGAGGAUGGGAUGCCCUGAAUGUCUCGAGCAAGAGCUGUCUCUGAACUGUCUGCCCUUUGCCUCGCUUUGAUGUUCAUUCAUGUUCUUCUUGCUGGUCUCCUUGUUCGUCUGUUUGUUCAGACAUAUAAUUGCUUGGUGUUUCCCUGUUCGCCUGGCUGUUUUGCCACUUUCUUCUUUGUCUCUUCACUUAUCGCAUCAUACUUAUAUGGCCAACAGCACCAAGUUAUCCAAGUUAU